AUGGACUCUCUGGCCCCCGGAGCAAAGCUGCUGGGGUACUGGCGCUCUGAUGAGGCACAGCAAAACGCGGCGCAGGCUUGGUACCGCUGCGAGUUUCUGAAGUACCGUGAUGACAAGCUGAAGGCAGGUGCUCAGUCAAGCACAUGUCUGCUGAACAUGGCGGGCAACACAGGUGAGAUGGGACGACGGAACAAAGUCUGCCUGAGACCCGCACUGCGGCCGGUGAAAGAGGGCUCUUUGCUCCCUGAGGUUCUAUCCACAGAGGAGGCGCUGACGUUUGAGUGGGACACUUUCUGGGUGCGGCCUGCAAAGCGAAAGAAGCAGCAAGAGCAAGACGUGAAGAAGGCAAAGCUUGAAGGCGGCGUGCCCAGGCCUUUGUCCGAAGAUCGUUCUCCUCGCCUGCCUCCCCAUCGAUAUGUGAUGGCUCCGAUGGUCGGGGGCUCCGAGCUGCCGUUCAGGAUGAUGGCGCGCCGAUUUGGUACCCAGCUGUGCUACACUCCCAUGAUCUACUCUGGCCCCUUCGCGAAUGAUGAAGCAUACCGUGCUGAUCCAGCAAAUGGGUUUCAAACCUGCCAACAGGACAGACCUCUAGUUGCUCACUUUUGCGGCAACGACCCAGAGGUGAUCCUAGCAGCCGCCAAGCACAUUGUGCACAGUGUGGAUGCGGUGGACUUGAACCUGGGCUGUCCACAGCGAGUGGCCCAUGCAGAGCACUUCGGGUCCUAUCUCCUGGAUCCGGAGGACCGACAGCUGGUGUGCAGCAUCGUGAAGCGCCUGUCCGAGGGGCUUCCCGUGCCGGUGUUUUGCAAGAUCCGGCUGCUCGACAGCCUGGAGGAGACACUGCAGCUGGUCAGGCAGCUGGAGGCCUCCGGCGCCAGCCUCAUCGCGGUGCACGCCCGCUACCGCGGCAGCCCGACACAUCGGAGAGACGGACCCGCCCACCUGGACCAGGUUGCAAUCAUUAAGAAAGUGGUGAAGGUCCCGGUGCUUGCGAAUGGCAACGUCAAGUCGUGGGGAGAUGUGGUGGCGAACCUUCGAUCCACCGGGGCCGACGGGGUGAUGUCUGCCGAAGGAAUGCUGGAUGAUCCCUGCCUCUUCGCAGACGCGCUGAAAGGAGAAGGCAGCGAAGAUUCGCCGAAAGAGCUGCGGAAGGUUGAGAAGAAGCUUCGCCAAGUGAAGCACCUGAUGGACAAGCAGGCUUCUGGCACCAUCCUCUCUUUGCAGGAGAGGCAGAAGGUGGAAGCGCGGAAAGCUUUGCGCCAGGAGCGGAAGAAGCUGCAAGAGCGCAUUGCGUCCGGUGAAGCUGUGCCGGCAAUCGCGCUGCCGAAGGACGGCCUGGUCAAAGCACGGCAGUACCUGGCAACUGUCUCAAAGUACCCGCCAGCGCCGUCCUUGUCCACUCUCAUCUUUCACUGCCGGCGGAUGGCCAAAGCGGAGCUCACUGCCUUCCAGAUGUUGGAGGAUUUCAAGGCGGCCUCCUCGCUGGAGGAGGUGAAGAAGAUGUUGUCCAAGGCUGAAGGCUUCAGGGACCGCCCGGAGAGCUUUCAGGUCAGCAAGGAGCAGGAGCAGAGGGAUCGAGAGGCGCGAGCUCAACAAGCCUAUGAGUUAGAGUGCCGGAGGAAGUACGAGGAGCGCAUGGCCCGCAAGGCUGCGCGCCUGGGCAUGAGUGUGAAAGAGAUCAUGAAGCCAUCCUCCGUGCCAGGCGGGUCAAUGGAGUUCAACAGUGAGCCGAGCUGGCUGCUGGAGAAGGGAGAUGAGAGGCCUGAUUCCGAAGGGAAAGGAGCAAAAGGCAAAGGGAAAGGACGAGGAAGGGGCUGGAGAGAUGACAGCGCAACAAAAAAGGCAGCUUCAUGUGCGCCACACGUUUCAAUUUGCCUGCCUUAUGGCUUUGCGCCUGAACCAUGCCCUGAUUGA